AUGUGGGUCGACCCUGGCGCCAACCUCAGCAGCAAGCACUCCAAGGGUUUGGUGGUCAGAGCGGCUGAUCUCAGGUAUGGCACCAACCUGGGGACUGCUUUGCAGCUGGCUCAGUUCCGAGAGGACGCAGCCUCACAGGCGCGAGGUUUAUGGGCAAAAUGGGGUGAAGUGGAAUCUGAAGAGCCCAUUGAUCCACUGGAUGGGACUCGUUGGGAUGGGACUCGUUGGAUUCUUGAUUCCAUGCCGAAUGGGAAGUCUUGCGAAGACGCGGCGCUGUGGUUGGCGCGCUCGGCGCAAGAGGCCUUGCGUGGUCCGGAGAUGGCACAGCUCCAAGGUUCCGCCGCCUUGAAGGGCAUCCGACGGCUGUGCCACCGAGUGGAACGCUCGUGCGCAGGCGCUUUGGAGGAGCUGCUGAGAAAGCCCGAAAACUCGGAGAUCAAAGGGUUAACCUUUGCGGAUGUGGAGUCGAUGGAGCGCAUGCUGGAGGAGCUCUACGUGCGCCCCGACGAGUCCGGCGGCGGGCGCACCUUCGAGCUGGAGGGCAUGGGCUUCCGACGGGACCAGGCCAGCGACGAUGGCCUUCAGGCGCUCAUUGCGCGCGGCUUGGCGCAGGACGCCCUACCGGAGCCGCAGGAGCCUGCGCCCAGCUGGCCGCCCCAAGGGCCAAAGGCACCGCCCACCAGUGAGACUGUCCUAGACCCGCAGGAGUUGGUCGCUGUGAACAGCAACCUGGACGGCGAACGGCUGGCGCGGCCGGCGUCCAGCGAUCUGGUGCGGGAAGAGGUCGUGAGACUUUUUCAGUCAGGCGGCAAGCGCCUGCGGCCGGUGCUCACGCUCCUGACGGCGCGGGCCACGGGUGCCUCGGAGGCGGCCAUGGCGGAUGUCGUCUCACUAGCGGCAGCCGUUGAGGUCCUCCAUAGCGCCAGCCUGGUGCAUGACUGGGUGGGUGGAGAGAUUAGCCUUGGGAAUGCGCAUCGCGAAGAUGACAUCCUCGACGAGGCGGACACCCGUCGCGGCGAGGAGGCGGCGCACGUGCGCCUGGGCGAGCGCGCCGCAGCGCUGGUGGGCGACUUCCUGUUUGCCACUGCUUCCGUGCUGGUGGCGGAGAUCGGGAGCCUUCCAACGGUGCUGCUCAUCUCCAAGGUCGUCGCCGACUUUGGACGUGGGGAGCUGGCACAGUCGGCCGUGCGCUUCGAAGCAGUCGACUACUCGCUCGAGGACUAUUUGGCCAAGUCUUUCUACAAGACAGCUUCCCUCCUGGCGGCUGCCUGCCAUGCCGCCGCGGUGCUCAGCCGCCCCCAGAGCUCUCCCGAUGCCCAGGAAUGUCAGAAUUGCUAUCGCUUUGGGGCCUACGUGGGUUUGGCCUUCCAGGUGGUGGAUGAUAUCCUGGACUUUGUCGCGACGGAAGAGGAGCUCGGUAAACCCGCUUUAGCAGACCUCAAGGACCGGAUCGAGGGCAACUUAGGCGCUCCAGUACUUUUCGCUGCCCAAGAGGGUGCUUUGCCCCCGGCACAUCGGCAAGAGUUGCUCGAGGCAGGGGACGUUUAUAACCUGGUCCCCUCGGCCGGGCGUCUUCAGGCCAUCGAACGGCGCUUAACGAAGCCCGGCGACUUGGACCUGGUGCGACGUCUGGUGGAGGAGGGCAAAGGCGUCGAGAAGUCCAAGGCCGAAGCGCUGGCGCGACGCUUCGUCGACUUGGCCGCCCUGGAACUGGACAAGUUGGAGCCCGGUGAGGCCCGCGCCGGAAUGAGGCUCUUUGCCGAGUAUGUGGUGGCCAAGCCCAAGCCAGCCGUUUUGUCCAAUGAGAGGAAUGGCGAGAUCCUUGGCAGGCAUCCCAUCACCGGGAAAGUGGAACUUUGGGAAGAUCACUGGCAGACGCCGAAGUGCAUUCAACAGCUGCCUGGCAAACAGAACUUGAGCCCAUCAAACAAUUUUUGUGCCUAA